AUGGAAGGUAAAAAAUAACAGCGAGUGGCAAGGCGUCUUUUCAGAGCUAGUAUGGACACUCAAGCAAGACUCCAAAGGCAAUAUAUUGUACUUUGUGCAUCACAUAUCUGAAAAUGAGUCAAAUUCUCCUUCUGUUAAAAAAAUGAAAACUUCAAACUAUAAGAAAGGCUCUCAAGGAAAAGAUAUGACUAUGUCUUCUGAAAAACUGGAUGAAAUGUUGAGGGAUUAUUUAAAUUUACAUGUAAAAUUAGAAGAUUUAUAUAAAGUUUGGAACAAGUGUGAUGAAAAUUUUAAAGAAGUCUCAAGGAAAUUCAAAGGCAUUCGAAUUUUACGCCAAGAUCCUGUUGAGAACCUUAUCUCUUUCAUCUGCUCUGCAAAUAACAACAUACCAAGGAUCACUAGUAUGGUUGAAAAGCUUUGUAGAAAUUAUGGCAAGGAAUUAUGCAAAAUUGAUGGUCAAUUAUAUUACAGUUUUCCUACUUUAGAAAGUUUAUCUGGAAAGGGAGUAGAAGAAAAGCUACGGAAUUUAGGAUUUGGUUAUAGAGCAAAAUAUAUUAAUCAAGCAGCAAAGGUUUUGCAUGAAAAUCAUCCACCAGGGUGGCUUGAAACACUCAGAACAGUUCCCUAUAAAGAUGCUCAUAAAGCUCUGACAAAGCUACCUGGUGUUGGAGCUAAAGUAGCUGACUGUGUGUGUUUAAUGUCUCUUGAUAAAUACAAUGCUAUCCCUGUUGAUACUCAUAUUUGGCAAGUCACUGUAAGAGAUUACUUACCUCAUCUGAAAGGUGCCAAAACAUUAAGUCAGAAAGCAUAUCAAGAAAUAGGAUCUUUUUAUAGAGAAAGAUUUGGAAAUUAUGCAGGAUGGGCUAAUACGAUUCUGUUUGCUGCUGAUCUGAAAAAAUUUAAAGAUGGAAUUAAAGCCACAGAAUAACUUUUAUUUUAGUCAUCAUGUAUUGCUUUUAUAAAAUUGUUCCUCUAGGCCUGGAAUCAGCAACCAUCUACACUUACUAUGCCAAAACUUUCUUACAGCAUUCUGAAAUUCUGCAUGUCACUGUCAUAAACCACUUAUCGUUCUACAAGAAACAAUGCUUACCACUAUGUUUCUACAAAAAACAAUGCUUAUAAUCAACAUUUAUUAAUAAGAUUGGCAAGAAGCAUGUUUAAUUAUUUAUUUACCUUAAUUUUGUUCUUGCUUCUCUUUGCAUAGUUGCUAUAUGUCAGGACUGGACUUCAGCAAUUUUUGGCUCGGCAUACACUUCUGAAUGAUAAGUUGUUUGGUGACAUCUGUGUAAAUUCAAGACAUAUUUCACGUGUGAAAAAAAACUUGCUGACAUGUGUAGCUCAAUGUGAAAAGAGAAAAAUGAGCAAAUGCUUCUUUCUUCAAACACAUGAAAGUUUCAAGCAUAGAUGCCGAGCACUGUAAGAUUGCUGUAGAACUAUUUGUACUGUCAUGUUCAAGACAUUGAUCCUUAAGUUUGGAAGGCUUGCCCUCGUAAUAUAAGCUUUAUUUUGAGUGCUUCUACGAUAUUGCAAGAGCUCAUCUAUGUAAAAGUUCAUAAUAGUUUAGCGAUAUUUAAGAAAUACUUGUAAUUUCUAUUGAUAAUAUCAUGCUUAACUAUUUGUAAUUUUGAUAUGAAUCUGUCAGCAUUAGUAAAGUUCUAAUAGGUUUUUGCCUUUCACCUUGAAAAUGCUUGUUUAAUACAUUGAGAUGUACUGUAAUAUCAUCAGGAAACCUUCAUCACUAAAUUCUGGAAAAUGUUGUUAUUUGUUUAUCAAGGAACAAGAUUGCAUCCAAAAAUGACACAAAUACAUCCAGCAUCUUACCUUGGCUAAGGCAGCGAAUGUUACUGUACAGAGGGGAGGAUUACCAUAUGAGCUCUGUAUUUUUCCAGUAAUGCUUAAUUGUUUGUGAGUCAAUGCAGAGAAAAACAUUAUGAAAUUCACUGUUUAACAACAGCUUCCAUUACAGCAUAUAGCUGACAUGCAGAGCUGCAUUUAGCUCACACACAAAUUCUAUGUAUGUAUAAUGCAAUGUAAGCACAAUACAAUAUGUGAUGGCCAGUAUGAUCUCCAAGAAGUUUUACAAAACACUUUUUAGUGCAAACUAAACCAGAAGCUCCAUCUGUGGUAACACAAAAUAUUUUUAAUAUUAAUAUUUUGCUCUUCAAAGCAAUUGAGAAACAUGGAAACAGUGUCCUCUCCAUAAUUGUGCCAUGAGGUGGGAUGAAGAAGCCCAGUUCAUCUUAAACUCAGUCGACGAGCCACUACAGCAACUACGACACAUCAUUCACAUCAAUGGUUUCAUCAUCAGUGACACUGAAAGCCGAAGUGUUUUGUUUAUUUUUCUUCCAUUUCUAUUAUAUGCCUGUCCACUGAUCUGAUGAAGCAGUUAUUUCCCGAAUAUGAGAUAAGCUUAUUUGUUUGUAAGAUUAAUCACUAAGUUCUGCCAAACUUGUUAGUAUUUCUUUAACAAAUUCUGCGUUUUUCAUACCAACUAGCUGACUAAUAGUUUACUUCUGAUACCUGGAAACAAUCCUGUUGAUGGUUUUGGGUUUCCCCUUGGAAUUUGCUUAAUGUUUGGCUUUCUGCACUUGAUGUUCAAAUCAACACACUUUCACAGCCCAGAGAACAAAAAAAAUGUUGUGUAAAUAUGUACUCACUAAUCCAGAAAGCUUUAGAAAAAUCAAUAUCUAAUUUUGGUUUUUUAGCAUACAUCUGUUUGCUUUUAAACUGUCAUAAGGACAAAGCACAAGGAAAUGCUCAUUAGAAGACUGAAACUCAGAUUCAUGUCUGUCAUUGUACUCAUAAGUCACACUGCAUCAGACUGUAACUUCCUUAAAAACAAGCAUUCCCAAACUGUUGCCUGCAAGCAGCAUAUAGUAACUUGCAGUGUUUGAAAACUGUACUGUUAUUAACCCCAUAUAUUUUGACUUAAAAAAAAAAUGAAGUUUAUGACAUUGUGGAUGUCUGUUGCCACAUUUCUUCAAAUUAAUAAAUAUGCCUGACAUUAAAAAAUUUUACACUUUUUUAAAAUCCUUUUUUUUUUUUUUUUUUUUUUUUUUUUUG